ACAUAUUUACACUUACAUUUAGGCCGACUUACAACUGCAGGCCUGCUGAGAGGCUUUAAUGUGGUGAGGAUUAAAUCCUGACUUUAACAGGAGGAGUCGAUACGGUAACUCUCACAGGCUGCUCAGUCAUUUGCAAACUAGUUAUAACACAAGGACGGAUGAAAAACCUGGAUUUGAAUAUCCGUGGAAUUAAUAAGACAUAAAUGAUCAUAAAUGAUUCGAUCAUCAGUGAGGUGAGAAGGAACUUGGCUUGCAAAUCUCUACACAAGCUCAGCGCUGCCUGCGAUUGGACAACAGGUCAAGAAGGGGCGGUCCUUGCAUCCUCAACCUACAAUGUGAUUGGUUAUUUAAACCUGUCUGUCAGAGAGUGGGGGAAAAAAGAGCAAAAUACAGCAAACCCCGCCCAUUUCAUCAGGGUUGGCUGCAGCAAAAGUAAGCAGAGCAAAUCCCAUCGUGCACAAAUCCAGCUGCUCGAGCAGAAUCCGCAGGAGGAGGAGAGGGUCGGACAUGGGGAGAAAUCAGCGCUGGCCCGUCUGAGACACAUCGGCGAUAUUGUUUUUUUUUUAUUUAUAAAAGGAGAAAAAAACCGAGAGGCCUUAAGGAAAAAAGGAGAAAAGGAUAACAACAUCAUUCCUGUGCACAGAGACACGCAAAAAGAAGCAUUAUAUACAUCAAUGGACUGAAUGAAGACUGCCUACAACGCCUAUCGAUGCCUGGCCAAGGAGGAUCUGGAUGCUUUCGCCAUGAACCCGGAGAUGACAAUGGACGGCAUGGGCGGCCUGCACGGCGCGCUGAGCGCGAGCGGCCAUGAGCACGAGCUGAUGAGCGGCCACAGCCCGCAUCACGCGCGCAGCAGCAACAGCACCACUUCCACGUCGUCGUCGUCGUUGCGGAUACACCAGGAUCUGGCGUCGCGCUCGGCCAUGGUGUCCGGCAUGGCGACCAUCCUGGAGGGCGCGGGAGAGUACCGAGCCGAGCUGUCUCUGCCGCUCCAUCACGGGAUGAGCAUGAGCGUGCCGUGCGACACGUCGCCUCCCGGUAUGGGCAUGAGUGGCACCUAUACCACGCUGACCCCCUUGCAGCCUUUACCGCCCAUUUCCACGGUAUCGGACAAGUUCCACCAUCCUCACCAUCACCACCACCAUCAUCACCACCAUCACCACCACCAGCGGCUCUCGGGCAACGUGAGCGGGAGUUUCACGCUGAUGCGGGACGACCGGGCUCUGCCGGGCAUGAACAACCUCUACAGCGCGUACCAUAAGGACAUGAGCGGCGUGGCGCCGAGCCUGAGCCCGCUCGGUAACGGCUUGGGCUCGGUGCACGGCGCGCAGCAGAGCCUGCACGGCUACGGCGGCAACACCGGCGGCGGCCACGAUAAGAUGCUGGGCUCCAACUUUGACGCGCACGCAGCCAUGCUGGCCCGUGGGGACCAGCAGCACCUGUCCCGGGGCCUCGGCGGACCCGUGGCGAGCAUGAUGCCGCCACAUCUAAACGGCAUGCACCCCGGCGCCGCGGUGCAUCACCCACACCCUCAUGCGCCCGUGCUGGCGGCGUCCGGCCGGGACAGGCCGCCCUCCUCCUCUUCCUCCUCCUCCUCCUCCGGUAACGGCGGCGCGGGGGCGCAGCACCAUCAGCAGCAGCACCAGCAGCAGCUCGAGGAGAUCAACACCAAGGAAGUGGCGCAGCGCAUCACCGCCGAGCUGAAGCGCUACAGCAUCCCGCAGGCCAUCUUCGCUCAGCGCGUGCUGUGCCGCUCGCAAGGCACGCUGUCCGACCUGCUGCGCAACCCCAAGCCGUGGAGUAAACUUAAAUCGGGCCGGGAGACCUUCCGCCGCAUGUGGAAGUGGCUGCAGGAGCCCGAGUUUCAGAGGAUGUCCGCGCUAAGGCUUGCAGAAGCAUGCAAAAGAAAAGAGCAAGACUCCGGCAAGGAGAGGAGCAAUACACCAAAGAAAUCGCGCCUGGUUUUCACCGACCUUCAGCGGCGAACGCUAUUGGCCAUCUUCAAAGAGAACAAGCGCCCGUCCAAAGAGAUGCAGCUCACCAUUUCACAGCAGCUGGGACUGGAACUGAGCACUGUUAGCAACUUCUUCAUGAACGCGCGCAGACGGAGUCUGGACAAAUGGAUGGAUGAAGGCAGUCCCGGCGGAGCCUCAUCCGCUUCCAGCACUUGUACCAAAGUCUGAUUUUUUUCUGGAAAAGCUGGGAUGGGGUGGGUGAGGCAAAGAAGUGGGAGUUUGGGAUUGGGGUUUGUGCACCAGACCAAAAAGUUAUCCAAAGAAAAAAAAAAAUCGGGUGGAUGUUAGGAAGGGAGCAGGGCUGCUUACUGGCAAGCGUCGCAAAAAUAUUCAUCAUCAUCAUCAUCAUCAUCACCAUCAUUAUAAGAAUCAUUCUAAAUCUGACUGAAUGGCACUAGGUUUCAAAAAUUUCUGGCGCAAAUCGCAGCAUCUUAAAUAUUUCGUUUAAAAAAAAUUGAAAACCUCAAAACUGCAUAACUCUGUAGCCCAAAAUAAUCAUUCCAGACAGAAUUUUCCAAAGUGCAUGUCUGAAAUCAAAGCAGAUCCCUUUCAUGUCAGCUUCCUUUUCAGCCAUGCAUUAAUCUGCAUUUUUUUUAAAAAAUCCCAGCUGCCAACACAAAAGACCGAAUUCAGCAGGAAAUCCCGAACGAUGCAUUAGCAAUGCCAAAAACCCCCACGCUAGUGUAGCGUCGUAAAUAAACAUCCGAAUAGUCAUCGUCCUGCUGACAGGUGGAGAAAUUUCCCUGGUCGAUUUUACACUGUCUGCUUAUUGGCAGGGAUGCAAGCACAAAUCUAUCAUAGUUAAGUAAUGGCAACAUUCAGGAAAAACACAACCACCCAGAUAAACACACACACACACACACACAUAAUACAGAGACUGCUAUGAUUUUGUUAAGUGGUCAGCCAGGUAGUACGUGAGCACAAAUUUAAAGCACAUUUCAUUUGCAAUAGAAAAAAUUGAAAAAAAGGGGCUGGACCAUCAAGAUUGUUCUUCAAUCAUUAGAAAACUCAGGACGCCGUUUCUAUGAUGCGACUGAAGAACUUCCAUUAACCCUUUGUCUUUUUUUUUUUUUUCAGUACGUCAGAACCACAAAACACUUCCAUUACGUCAUGCCACUCAAAUCAUAUGAUUAUUUAACCCGUACAUUCACCAACUAUGGCAGCUUCAUUCGAUUAUUUCCAUUAUAUGCAACCCUAGCUAAGGAGCUCCAUGAAAGUGAACUGGCGUUGGCAAUCAGGGCCUUUCUAAUAGAAUAAGAGGACAAUCUUCUACACCAAUGCCUGUCAGUUUCUUUCAAAGCUUCCUGGGAAAAGGAUUGAUGCGGAGACGGACGGCUCGGUGUGUAUCCAAAAACACAGAGCGGUCGUCUCUUCUGCUAGCGCAAGAACAUUUUCACACACACAAGUUUAGCUAAACGACUACAAGUCCAACCUUCGCCAUUUCAGUCCAUUGUUCAUUGCAUCAUCGAGUUGCUUUUUUCUUUUUUUUCUUUUUUUUUUUUUUAGGAAAAAUAGCCAGUACGCAGCCCCGUUCCCAGCUCCAAAGCAGGCCAAAGGCUUUAUGGAUCAUUCAAAACGGACACUUAAAAGACUUUUUCUAUUUAUUACUGACAAAUCGAAACCAAAGAAACUUUUUUCUGCACCUAACUGUUCUACAAAUGAGAAAAACCAAAAACUGUUCUAAAGACGACAAAGAAAAACCAAAAAAAACCCACACAAAAAAACAAAAUGGAACAGCGACGAACAAACAGACGAUGAAGAAGAAGAAGACUAAGACAACAGGGACGACGAGGAGAACGAUGAAGAGAACUUUGUUCUUUGUUUGUAGUCUCGUUGAGACUAAGGGAAAAAAACGGGAAGCAGAACAAGUGCGGAAACCAUCCGUGGCAGAAAACAGCCACUCCCUAAGGCAGAAAAAAUGUGUCUCUCUCUCUAUCUUAAACAAAUAAGUUGAAGAUUGUCUUUAACGUGUGCCUAUGCAGUUUUUCACCAAAAAAUGGGAAAAAAGAACAACAAGAACCUCAUCAGCUACAAUACCAAAGAUUCCUAAUUUACACCCAACGGCAGUUCCCUGGUCUUGUCCCUCUUCCCUCUGGCUCCAAUGCUACAUGCAUGGAGAACGUACAUGUUCACUACGUGUGUGUGAGUGUGUUGUGGGUUCAAACAUGGGAGCUCCAGGGAUUCGAUGUUUCACACUCAUCCAAACAGAUUCAUCCAAGAUGUGGGUUCAUUUAAACAAUCAUUAAAUUUCAGCUUAAUACACCAACACCAAAGCAGUGAAGAAUGCAAGAUCAACGUUUAUACUAAAGAUCACACUCGAUUAAAUUAACCCCCUAUUUAUUAAUUUAUUAAACAUGAUUGAAAAUUUCUCUAUCUGAUAAAACAUACAAUAAAUAAAUAACUAUCUGUACUGGGCAAAUGAGUUUCCCAAAAGCAUCGCAGCACAAAGAUUAUUUCUAAAUGGUUGAGCGAGCAUCACAUUGAACACUCUCUCUCUCCGCCAGUUUUGACCAACUUUUACGAUGCCUUUGUGAAACUGGUUCCUGGGUCCUAGUACCUCCCAGUUAAUGGAAAACUUCACCCUGACCGACUUGCAUAUUAAUCUCUAGUUAAAAUCUGAGUCGACUUUUUCAGUUUCAACUUCUUUCAUUGACAUUCAGGUCUUAAAAACUUCUCGCAGGAAUAACAGAAAACAGCACCUACCAACAAAUUAGCACCAGAAUCACUAAGCACAUCAAUAUGGAUAUAUUUAAUGUGUUUCAGGGUGGACUUUUCCUUUAAUACCACAUUUUAAUCCACUGAUGUAUAUUAUUCGAUAACCAGUAACCGAAUCUGAGCUCCCAUGUUUGCCAGAAAGCUGUGAUCAGGUGAUGCAAGUCGAAACCACAUCCAAAAACUCCAACGAUGUCCACAUGCUCACAAGCGGAGUGUGUGAAAGCCAACAUUUACCAUAACUGAAACCGGUUCAUCAUUUCCGAGGAAACUGCUGAAAUAUCGGUCGAAUAGCUUUAUCUUUUCAUUUCUUUCUCUCUUUAAAGCUUCAAGUCCAAAGAUGGCUCCAGUGGGCGCGACCUCUUAAUGACCUUUGGUAUGUAGAGGUCGCGCCGGAGUCCACUUCCACUUUCACCUCAGCCAGGUCUUUAGAAACAACCUUGGGUACGGAAUCCAACCGAAAAGAGCUUUACGUUUGUUGCUUGUCUUUAGUACUUAAUUGUUUGCCAAUGCCUACAGUAUGUAUGAUAGUUUCCUAGGUUUUUGCAAUAUGUGAUUAUUUAUGUAAUUUAUAUUUGUUAUAAUUGAACUUAAUUUAAAAUUGCCAAAAAAUUCCUGGAAACCCUUUCCCCCUGAGUAGCUUGCCAAAGUUUACAUUCUGUCUUUUUUUUUUUUUUCUUUGAGUGUCUGACACUGUCAAACUUAUUUAUUUAUGCCAAGGUGUGCUAGUACAUGUGCAUAGCUUUGUUUUGUUUAAUUAUUUAAUGUUAUUUAAUUAGCUUUAAUUGUUUGGAAUAAUAUUUAUGGCUCUUUGAGAAUGUUAGCGCAUCGAAGAUGCAGUGCUUGCGUCCCCUCUGUUUAAUUUAUUUUUAGUUAGCUUUACUUUAAAAAGCAAUGUAUUUAAUUUAAUUUAAUUUAAUUUUAAAUAGAUUUAAUGAGAAUGUUCCAAAAUGUAGUAGCUGCCAGAUUCUUAGCAAAUGUUAUUUAAAUCUUUUUUUUUUUGCCCCUUUUUGGUUUAUUUUGUUGAUUUCUCUCCAAAUGAAAACAAUCUUUUAUUGAUGAAUAUUUUCUGAAUGAGCACUGUAUCUCGCCAUCUGUGAUUGACUAACUGUCAUCUUCGCAUCCCGCCACGACGGACAAGCAGUUCGUUUUCAGCCUGACCUUACUGACGCGGAUUGGACAGGGCAACACGUUAACGGAGAUCAACGUAGAAUUCACCAAAGAUUUUUAAGAAAAAAAAGAAAACAAACAAACAAACAAACAAAACCACGGACGCUGAGAGACCGUUUGUUCAUUGCUUCACUCGUAGAAGGAUAACAGAGGAUUCCCUUAAACACUAGCUGCUUCCAAGACUGAAUCGUGUGCGUGUACAAAAAGUCUUUCUAUUUCUAUAGUGAGAACCAAAGAGGCUACCUCACUGAAUUUUCCAUUUGUAAUUUUAAUCGUGUUGAUGAAACCAAAGAUACCAAAGAUUUUUUUCUCCCUCUAGUACGGUCUGCGCUUGACUUCAUGCGUUUCACUUUGAUAAAUGUCACCCUCUCUAUUCUGAAAACCUCCCAAAAAACCCCCCAAAUUACCCCCUAACUACACCUACACCUACACCAACACUUCUCUGAGCUCAAUACGGUGUGUUUCAGGAUGUCCCUCACUGGUCAGAGAUCUAAAAACCAAAAAUCACAGUCAGGCUGGAGGUUUUGCACAGUUUUAACCGUUAAGUGUUAACAUUGUUCAGUGGGCAAAAAGAUCGGUGUAGGGUUAUAGUAUUAUACCGUUAUACUGUUAUAGUAUUAUUUCAAUUUGGUAAGAAUUUGCAACAUGCCAGCUUUCUAAAUGGCCUACUAAAUUCAAUAAAAAUACAAAUUUCGCAUGAGAUCAGGGUGAUUAUGUAUGACUUAUUUCAUAAAAAAAUUUGUAACGUAACUUGCGACAGUUAAUUGUCUUGUUCAUAAAGUAAAUUAACAGGUUGUUGAGUCUAUAGAUGGUAGCUUUAAAGGUAACUAAAGGUAAAAAAAGAUCCAAGUACCACCAAAAAAGUGAAAUAAAAACAUUUGAAGCAUAAGAAACAAGGACAUUCCCUUGAGUUUACCACCCGAAUAACAGGCACUUUAGGAAAAACAAUCGUGAAUUUCCCAAAGAACGAAGAACCCAAAACGCUAUCCUGUCUAAAGGUUGAUCUACAUUUUUAAAAUAAUACUGUGGCCUCUAAGCUGACCUAAAAAAUGAUUUGUGAAGCUGAUAAAUGAAGAUAAACACUUUAUCAGAUUAGUAACUUGUAGUAGAGAAAGGUUCUUGAUAUUUUGUAGUAGCUAAAAUUUUUAAAAUUUUAAUAGUCAAAACAUUUCAGUAAAUUUCAGGGGUUUUUUUUAUUAUUAUUAUUUCUGGUCCUUAUAUAUAAAUCGAAUGUGUAUAAAAGCAGAUGAUCUAAGUAAAGUGUUCCCAAGUUUAAAGUAGAAUGACUAGAAUUAUUUCAACAUGGUUUCACAAAAAACAUUUGCUCCAACCAAAUUCUACACAGACUUAUGAAUGGAGACUUACCACAGCCUUUUAAAUCCUCUGAACUCGGCUCAGCUCAUAAAAGUUUCUUAACAUGUUCUAACAUUUUCAAAUUCAUUACAAUUCACACAAAUAGAGACGUAGGUCGUAGUUAGAUUUGGAGCAGGAUUAGUGCACAUUUCUUCCUACUUAAAUUGUAUGAAAUUGAUUGAAAUGACUCCACAACUCCAUGACCCUGGUUUAAAUUUACGAAUGAGAUUCGGUUGUUUAUUUGUAAUGAUUCUUAAAAAUUCUACCAAACAAAUUAAGUGAAAUUGUCAAAUUGUUUAGUGUGAACAAAAACAUUUGUUUUUUUUAAUAAAACAAUUGUUUUUAUUUCAACCUGAAGAAAUGUAGAAUCUUUCCAUUUUUUCCAGCGUUCUUCUACAAUUACAUGAAAAACAGUCACAUAAAAAAUGUUUUUGUUUUUCCUGAGAACACCAUAGCACAUGUCACAACUAACAUCAUUUGAUCAGAAUUGUGGUUUAUUUUUUAUUUAUUUAUUUAUUUUUAUUUUGUUUGCAGAAAAAUCUAUCAGGAUUUAUCAUAUGGCUAAUAAAAUCUAUUUUAUAUCUACUUCCAAAUGCAAUAUAAUUGUCAGGUAGAGAGGUGAUCUGAACCAAAGGCUACAUUCAAGCUACAUUCAAAAAAACUACAAAUUCACAACCUUGAAAGCAUGAACUGCUCAGCGCUUAUGUGCAAAACCUCUAAAAAUCCAAAUAUUCUCGUCAAAAACCAAAGAGACUGCUGAGGAGAACCUUCUGGAAAACACGGCAGAGCUGCAGUCAGUGUAGUGGAGAUGCUUCUGUUCUACGUAGCUUCUUACACGUAGCCAUUCCUUCCUAAUGGAAAAGAUGUAAAAACGGGAAGAAUCCAAAAAUAUUUCAUUUUUUAAAGGAAUUGUGUUUGAAAUAUAUAAGAAAAAAUCUCAGCAAGUGGGAUGUUUGAUUGAAGCUGUGGAGCAUCAAGAAUUUCCUCAUGGAAAAUCCGAUUCUGUCCGUUUUCUGCUAACGAUUUUUAGAGAACGCUUUUGUCGCAAAGUAUGAGAUAACCCUGGGAUGAGUGCCUUGCUUGAACCAAAGCGAAGUUUCGACCUCUCUGUACUUCUUCUUCCUGCGUAUACCUCAGCGUCAGUCGGACCUGCGCACGCUGGCCAGGUUUAUUGGUGCUUUGCAAUGCAAUCAUGCAAAGAACAACAACUGAUACCAAAGGCUUUAAAUAAAAAAAUUUUCUCUCUCUCUCUCUUUCUCUCUCUCUCUCUCUCUCUCUCCUUCCACUCAACGGUUGCAUAGCUUUAAAAAAAGAACAAGAGCGGGGUGAAACAAAAAAUUAAAAAAAAGAAAUAAAUAAAGAGCGGCAUGUCCAAAGCGCAGACCGUGCUUUUCCUUUACCAAAAUUUUUCUCAGAUAUACCUCAUAGAUAAUAGUGUUUAGGGUAAUGUUAUUAUAGUGUAUGUAAUAAAUUAUUCACUUGCUCUUCUUUUUUUGGUAACUGUGACUUUACAAGACGAACAGAAAAAAAGCUUUAUACAUUUUGAGUUGUGAUUUUUGUAAUAGUCGAAUAGGUGCGCUUACCAAAAAAAACUAAUGCUUGUCUUAUCUCUUGUUGAUGUGCCGAUGAUUUUUUUUCAUAUUUUGUGGUGCAAAGGAUUCUUUUGUUUGGUUUUGUUAUCUGCUCUCAGCUUUGUUUUGUUCUGUUUUCUGAGGGUGGGCUCAUAUUCGUAAAGUUUGUACGUUCAGAUUAGGAAUUGUUGUUUCGAUUGAGUCCAAAGUUUAUGUUUUUUUUUUUGUUUGUUUUUUUACACAUUCAUGCCAAAGAUGACUUCCUUCAUCCCUGCUGAAAAAAAAAUAGCUUUGACCAGCUAUGAAUUCUGCUCUAAUCCUAAUCCAAGCUUGUUAGUGCCAAUCUGUUGCAUGGUGAACCUUGCUGGUGUGACUAGCAUGGCCUAGCAGUUAGCAUGCUGGUUUAAGCUGUUUUUUUUUUCUUUCUGACUGGUGUUUCAUUUCCUCUACUCGUUGCUAGUCUUAUCUGUUCUGUAGCAAGACAAUUAGCAAUCAUUCAAGCACUGUAGCCCUGAUUUUAUGCAUGAGUAGAUUUACAGCUAGCUAGCCGUGUAAUGCAUUGUUAAUAACCUUAUGUUCAGAAUUUGUCCCUUUUUUUUCAGUUUUUUUUUUUUUGCACGACAGUCUGAUAUCGUUUCUGAAAAGUUCUGCUCAGUUGUGUAUAUAUUGACCCACUUCAUCUUCCUCAACCAAAGUAUUAUGAUUCAGGACAAUUUGACACAUUAGAUAAACCAAAGUAUAGAACAUUUAGGGUAUCUAUAAAAGUAAGAAUGUCACCUGUACCAAAAAAAGUCUAAUUUUAGCAUAAAUCAUUUUAUAAUUAGUAUCAUUACAAAUCAUCUUUCCUUCCAUUUAAUGCCAAAAUAAUGUUUUUCAAGCCUCAAUUACAAAACUACAACCGUGUCACAGAAUGAACUGUACCCGACAAUCUAGUCUUAUUCUAAUAACACUUCAUUCUGCUGAGAGAAAAAUAGUACUAUGAAUGUGCGUUUUUAGUCCCCAGUGUACAAAUAUACCCUCAAAGGUCCCACAAUGUACCAUCAGGUCCAGGUUUAUACCUUAAAAUAGUUUUAAAGGUACAUUACAUUGACUUUCCAACAGGCAUCCCUCAAGGCUACAGUUUAGGACCAUUUAUUUUUCUAUUUUGUGAGUGAAAUGAGAUACCUUAAGAACUCUGUAUGUUCUGCAUAAUAAGAAUAAUAUCUUAAACUGUCCAAACAUUGUCCAAAGAUAUCCAUUAUACAGAUUAAACAGACCGAGAACCAAUCAAGAUUUGUAAAAUAAUGCUGUGAUGUGUAAGCUGAUCAAAAUCUAAACAAUAAUCAGUGAAGAUGAUAAAUGAAGAUCAACACUUUACCAAAUUAGUAACUUCUAGUAGUGAAAGGUUCUUGACUUUCAGUUUUUUGAUAAAUUUCUUUUUUUCGCUCUCUCUCUCUCUGGUCUUUAUAUGAAUAUGAAAGGGGUUUCAUGCAUUAAAGAAUCAUGGACGUUUAAAAACCGGGUGAUUGAAAGGAUCAAAAAUUUGGUUGGAUCGUUGUUCUUCUACAUGACAUUGUGUGAACAUAAAAUAAAGGAAAUCAUAAUGAUUUCAGGAUUUCAUAAUAAUUUCAGGAAUCAAACAAUGAUUUUUUUAUUGUACCAUUUCUUAAAUACUUCCACAAAGGGAAAUUGUAACAACAGAGUUGUAAAAAACUUCAUGAUGAAUGCAGAUUCAAAAAAAAAAGUCUACGGCAGAGGUGCUAACAUGGCUAACAGGAAAGUCCUAGCAUGUAUAGAAAAAAAAAAAAAAAAAGAUUUUUCCAACAAAACUCUAGUGAAUGUCAGUAGACGAAUGUCAGUUAACUUCAUUUCCAAACCUGCGCCAAGCAACAGUAAGGAAACAGCGAGGCAAAAAUCCAGUGUGACUUUUAUUUUAAUGACCAAAGAUACCACAGUCUCGUUUUCAAUUGGCUCACAAGACUGAGACCUGGGAAUUCAUAGCUCUAAAUUCACCCCUGCUGAACAAAAAAGUGUGAAUUCUACUAAUCUGAGCUUGUUUAUGUUGAUUAGUGCCAAUCCAACGAAUCUGGUGCGACUAGCAUGACCUAACAGCUAGCAUGCUUCCACUACUAAUUUCUAGUCUUAUCUGUUCUGUAGCAAAACAAUUUACAGCUAGCUAUCUAGUCAAAAUUCAGCAAGAUAAAGUCAACAUCAAGCGAAUGUAAGCACUACAAAAAUAGCAAAUGCGUCUUUUAUAUCCGACGUCCUUUCCCCUUCGGUGAAUCGGCUUUUCCGUUGGGCCAUUUUUAAUUUUAUUUGUAAAACAACCUUGAAAGCAAGGGUGGAAAAAUCAUACAUGCUACUGUUAAACCAUAAAUGUUGGCGCCUCUGUCGUUGAAAAGAAUAUAAUGUAUUAACGAACACCGUAUUGUAUAAUUAACCAAAGGAAAUGACGUCUCGCCUCGUGGUACUGAGACUACAGAUUGUAUUUUGCUUGAAUCAUUAUUUCAGUUGAUUUCUCGUACACCUUGAUCAGUAUUCUUUCCUGGAUUAUUACAUAUAAUGUAAUGUGAACGACAAACCAAAUGUAUACACCGCACAUUUUUCAGAAUGUUACAUUUUUCUGUCUAUGUGACUGACGCUCACUUCACUAAACGUCGCCUUUCUUUGAAUGUCAUGUCAUGGGUAUGAAUAUAUUCAAUCAAUUCAGUGCCAAUAGAUUAUCAGUGCUAAGUUAUACUUCAGUUAUUCAUGUUCACCUUUAUCCAAAACCAAUUCCAGAGCACAUGAGGCUCUAUAUUUUUUUAGUACUGGAUAUUUUUUCUUUGGAUUUAUUACUGAAUUAUGUGAAUUGAUUUUCAAAAUACUUUUCAUUUGAACCCUGUUUUGUUUUGAUUUCGUUCCAUGCCUGUAUAACCUUCCAAGAUGUCCAAUUAAAAACUGUUGGAAAUUUCUGUUAAAUGUACUUUUUU